AGAACACUAUAUGCAGUCUCGGAAAAAUAUCGCGAAGUCUGUCCCUCACUGCGACCGCGUUUGUCAGGGUCCCUGGGGUGUCUUCUCGUAGCCAGGGUCCAUCGCCUAAUUACCCGAGUGGCUUUUACCCCGUGGUAGGCAUAAUUUCCGGAGCCCCGCGACUGAAGGCCCCGCCAGCCCAGCUUUUUCUUCUCUCGCGGUCCGCGGCCUUCUCCUACCUUUUCCUCUCUCUCUUUUCUCCUUCUUCUCUUUUAUCUUACCUAGAUUCUCUCUUUGUCUGCAUCCUAUCCAGCGCAAAUCAUUCGCGACAAUGGUUGAAAAAGUUCUCGACGACAUCUCCCACCGCAGAUACAACCCUCUGCGCGGGUCUUCCAUCUUGGUCUCCCCUCACCGGACCAAGCGUCCUUGGCAGGGUCAGCAGGAGAGCCCCUCCAAGACCACGUUGCCUUCCUAUGAUCCCGCUUGCUAUCUCUGCCCGGGCAACAAGCGCGCCCAGGGUGACUCCAACCCCAAGUAUGAGAAGACGUUCGUGUUCGUGAACGAUUACAGUGCGGUCAAGGAGGAGCAAGCCGCGUAUACUCCGGAGAACACCGAAGAAUCAGAAUCAUUUUUCCUCAGGGCAGAGCCCGUGACGGGCAAAUGCUACGUGUUGACCUUCUCAGCGGCGCACAACCUGACGCUGGCGGACCUGACCCCCGCGGAGAUCGUGCCGGUGAUCGACGCCUGGACGCAGCUGUACACGGCGCACCUGUCGCCCAAGUCCCCACUGGCGGCGGUGGCACCAGCGACGACGCUGCCACCGGAUGCGCCGACGGCCAGCGCGACGGCGCCGAAGGAGCAGUACCGGUACAUGCAGAUCUUCGAGAACAAGGGGGCGGCGAUGGGGUGCUCGAACCCGCACCCGCACGGGCAGGUGUGGACGACUAGCUCGCUGCCGGAGGAGCCCGCGCUGGAGCUGGAGCAGCUGCAGAAGUACCGGCGCGAGCACGGCGGCAGCCACAUGCUGGAGGCGUACGCGGCGCUGGAGAGCCGCAAGCAGGAGCGCGUCGUCUUCGAGAACGACAGCUUCCUCGUCGUCUGCCCCUGGUGGGCCGUCUGGCCUUUCGAGACCAUGGUCGUCAGCAAGAAGCACAAGCGCGCCCUCGUCGACCUGAAUGACACCGAGAAGGCUCACCUCGCUGAGGCCAUCGCCGAGGUCACCCGCCGCUACGAUAACCUGUUCGAGACCCAUUUCCCUUACAGCAUGGGCAUCCACCAGGCGCCCCUCGACGGCACCGACGAGGAGAUCGAGGCCUCGUACCUGCAUCUACACUUCUAUCCCCCGCUGCUGCGCAGUGCGACCGUGCGCAAGUUCUUGGUCGGAUAUGAGAUGCUGGGUGAGCCGCAGCGCGACAUCACCCCGGAACAAGCGGCUGCCAGACUCCGUGGCUGCGGAGGGGAACUGUAUCGGAAGAAGAUGGAUGCGUAGGCUAUAAAUAGAGGUUCUUGAGGGUGUAAUUAUGCAUAUAUCGUUCGACAAUAUCUGUACAUUCUGACUUAACCUGUUUCAAUUGUCAUGGUCGCGG